AUGCCAGAGUCAAAAUCACUCUCCGAUAGUUACAACAAAUCAGAUGCGCCUUCCAUCCAAGAGCUAGGAUCUCAUAUCCUGGGAGCUCGCACCCCAGUUGGAGAAGGUGAUCGUACCGAAGCCAGUGCACGGGAGAGCCCUCAAUUAGUCACGGAUAUCGCCCCAGCUGGACGCACAACAGACAUUGAUAGGAACACUACCGCUACCGAUGAGUUUAUUAAUGAUGGCGAGGACGAUGCGUCUGGAAUGAUCAAUCUCGCCGUCUUGCUCAUGGCAGAAUGCAAGGCAGGGUUAUCGCUUUCAGAGCUGAACACCGUGGUCCUCCUGUUCCGUCAAGUUAAAGAUAGCUGCCCAGCAACACACCCGCUCCACCGUGCUGCCAAGAGAGAUCUUGCGUCUGUAUUGGUUGUCAGAUUUAUGUACACCAAUCAGAGACACGAUAUGAUGGAAUCUUUGGCUCUUCGCCAGGAGAUAGUUGAGGGUGGGAAUUCAGACCAAGAGACCAAUACUGCCAUCCGACUAGAAGAGGAGACGGACAAAGAAGCCACAUUCGAACUGGCGAAGGGAUUGUUGAUGGGCUUCCAGAAGUCAACUUCCCUUCACAUUCUGAACAAAAUUGUCUUCCUUGUUCAACAUGCACUUACACAAUUAUCAGCUGCAUCUACAAGCUGGUUCAUCGCAUUAACGACUCUGGUUGAUGCAUUAUAUGCCCGCUUUAACCAUUCCUAUGAUCUGACCGACCUGAACGAAGCAAUUUCCAGUUUGCAAGAUGCUAGCAAAUGUUGCACAGAGCGAGAUCGGCAAGAAUUGAACAUAAACUUCCGGAUUGGUGCGCUGUUAGCAACACAAUUUGAUUCAAUGGGGGAUAUUUCCAAUGUUCAAAGGGCAUUGGAUUGGGCUAUGAAAGGCACUGAAACUUCCACAGGUAUUCUGGAAUCACUCAAGUUUGCUGAUGAACUUUGUAAACAGUUCACAGGAAGGGAUUGCAGAACUACCUCAGGGAAGGAGAAUUAUGCAGCUGUUGUCAAUAAUCUUGCAAAUGCACUGUCAACCCGAUUUGAGCAAGGAGGUCAGCGAAGUGAUCUCAAUGAAGCCAUUUCUCUGUACAGGCAAGCUCUUGAGUUCCAACUUCCACCCCAUCCCAAUCGAUCCAGCUUGCUCAACAAACUUGCUUCUGCACUGUGGACCCAAUUUGAGCAAGGAGGUCAGCAAAGUGAUCUUGAUGAAGCAAUUUCUUUGCACAGGCAAGCUCUCGAGCUCCGACUUCCACCCCAUCCUGAUCGAUCCAGCUCACUCAACAAUCUUGCUUCUGCACUGUGGACCCAAUUUGAGCAAGGAGGUCAGCAAAGUGAUCUUGAUGAAGCCAUUUCUCUGCACAGCUCACUCAACAAUCUUGCUUCUGCACUGUGGACCCAAUUUGAGCAAGGAGGUCAGCAAAGUGAUCUUGAUGAAGCCAUUUCUUUGCACAGGCAAGCUCUCGAGCUCCAACUUCCACCCCAUCCUGAUCGAUCCACCUCACUCAACAAUCUUGCUUCUGCACUGUGGACCCAAUUUGAGCAAGGAGGUCAGCAAAGUGAUCUUGAUGAAGCCAUUUCUUUGCACAGCUCACUCAACAAUCUUGCUUCUGCACUGUGGACCCAAUUUGAGCAAGGAGGUCAGCAAAGUGAUCUUGAUGAAGCAAUUUCUUUGCACAGGCAAGCUCUUGAGCUCCGACUUCCACCCCAUCCUGAUCGAUCCAGCUCACUCAACAAUCUUGCUUCUGCACUGUCAACCCGAUUUGAGGAAGGAGGUCAGCGAAGUGAUCUUGAUGAAGCCAUUUCUUUGCACAGGCAAGCUCUUGAGUUCUUUCUUCCACCCCAUCUCCUUCGAUCCCGCUCACUCAACAAUCUUGCAAAUGCACUGUCAACCCAAUUUGAGCAAGGAGGUCAGCGAAGUGAUCUCAAUGAAGCCAUUUCUCUGUACAGCUCACUCAACAAUCUUGCUUCUGCACUGUGGACCCAAUUUGAGCAAGGAGGUCAGCAAAGUGAUCUUGAUGAAGCAAUUUCUCUGCAUAGGCAAGCUCUCGAGCUCCGACUUCCACCUCAUCCUGAUCGAUUCAGCUCACUCAACAAUCUUGCUUCUGCACUGUUGACCCAGUUUGACCAAGGAGGUCAGCAAAGUGAUCUUGAUGAAGCCAUUUCUCUGUACAGGCAAGCUCUCAAGCUCUUCCUUCUACCCCAUCCCAAUCAAUCCAGCUUGCUCAACAAUCUUGCAAAUGCACUAUUGACCCAAUUUGAGCAAGAAGGUCAGCAAAGUGAUCUUGAUGAAGCCAUUUCUCUGCAUAGGCAAGCUCUUGAGCUCCGACUUCCACCCCAUCCUGACCGAUCCAGCUCGCUCUACAAUCUUGCUUCUGCAUUGUCAGCCCAAUUUCAGCAAGGAGGUCAGCAAAGUGAUCUUGAUGAAGCAAUGUCUCUAUUCCUCACUGCUACCCAAUACACCUUCCAAUCUCCAUCUAAUCGUCUCCACAUUGCAAGAAGAUGGAUACAUUAUGCAGAUGAAAAUCAACAUAGCUCUGCAAUUGAUGCUUAUGAAGCUGCCAUACAGGCUUUACCACAGGUGGCUGCUCUGAGCUUUGAUGUAGCAUCACGACAGGACGCUAUGACUGCAGGCAGUGAUGGCUUAGCUCGGGAUGCAGCUAGAUGUGCUAUUCGCUCUGGACAUAUAGACAAAGCCAUAGAACUUCUAGAAGCAGGACGAAGUAUCUUCUGGUCACAGGUCCUAUCUCUCCGCUCACCCUUUGAUCAACUCCACAAGGUUGACCCAGAAUUGGCAGAUAAGCUAUGUAAUAUUGCGACUCAGCUGGAGAUUGGAUCUCAUCGUGAUGUUUUUUUGGAGAUUUUGGACAACAGGAAGAAGCUAUAUAUAGACCAGGAAGCAGCCCGACUCAACCGCCUCAAUGAAGAAUGGGCUCAAUCUAUUGAUAAGGUUAGGACAAAGAGCGGAUUUGAGGACUUUCUAUGCCCAUCCUGUUUAUCCUCACUCAAAGUGGCUGCAUCAAAACAUCCAGUGGUCAUUCUCAUUGCGAAUGAUGAUGAAAGCCAUUGCCUCAUCAUGACAUCGACAAUCAUUCACCACAUCCCUCUUCCAAACUUAGGCACUCCUAAGUUGAUGGCACUUGCUAAUAUCAUUCAGAUGGCCUGCUCUCAGUCACCAAUAUCACGGUCACUCAUCAAUCAAAUCCAAGACAUAAAUAUGAACCAUCUGGGAGAAGAGCGUGCAGGGAGGGUUAGCAGCAAAACUCCAAAACUUCCUUCAGAUGACAUGUUCACCUUUGUUUUGAGGAUUCUGUGGGAUGAAUUGGUGAAGCCAGUCAUUGAUUUUCUUGAUGUUAAGAACUCAGAUGAAAUGACCAUCCUGCAAUGGUGCCCAACUGGUCAUUUCACCUUCCUUCCCAUCCAUGCUGCAGGCCUCUAUUAUGACAAGCUAGCUAUUGAUUGUGCCCCAGAUUACUUCAUUUCUUCAUACACUCCAUCCAUAGGGGCACUUUUGGCUUUGGAUUCAGCUCCCACCACCCAGUCAUUCCAAAUGAUGGCUGUGAUCCAAUCUAAGGGGCUGCCUUCUACAAGAAGGGAGCUAGAAAACAUUCGGCGACAUGUAUCUUGCGAAGCUCUCAUUGAAUUAGGAGUUCCUGGAGUACCUGCUGAAGUUGAAGCUGUUGCCUCCCAUCUUUCGAAUGUGUCUAUAGCUCACUUUGCAUGCCAUGGGAAUCAAGAUCCAUGGAAACCACUUGACAGUGGGCUCAAGCUUGAUGAUGGGCUACUCCAAAUCUCGAGAAUUAUGAAGGAAAAGAUGCCAAAUGGAUCACUUGCCUUUCUCUGUGCUUGUGAGACAGCCAUGGGCGAUCAAAACCUACCGGAUGAGGCAAUGAGUAUAGGUGCAAGCUUGAUCUUUGCUGGAUUUCGGCGGGUCAUUGCUACUAUGUGGAAAAUGAUGGAUGAAGACGGACCUACUAUUGUGGACACAUUCUAUGAAGAACUUUUCUUUGGCGGUCCAGAUGGAAGACCAGCUCUUGAACCUGAUAUGACAAAGUCUGCCCUAGCCCUUCACCUUUCAGUCAAGAAACUCCGUUUGCAGGGUGUUUCAUUCCAUCGUUGGGUUCCCUUUAUCCAUAUGGGCAAAUAA